UUAAAUAAAAAUAUGUUCAUAACAAAAUAAUUAUACUUAAGUAUUUAACAAUCUAAACUUAUUUGAGUAUUAAAUAAGCUUAAUCUCAGAUUAUUAAAAGAGUUAAAAUUGAAAAAUGAUCGAUAGAAAUAUGUCCGAAUACGUCUUUUAAAAUUGUAAAUACAGAUAAGUUUCUUAUGAUAAUUUGUGUAUAAUGUAUGAAAGCGUAACUGAAAAUGCGGUGUAGUGUACAAAACUGUACGAAUGAUACGAAACGAACAACCAAAAGUCAUGGAAUUACCUUUCACAUGUUUCCAAGGGAACCAAGCUUGCGUAACAAAUGGAUAGAAGCUCUCAGUAUAAUGGAUUGGGAACCGAAAGACCGUAGUACUGUAUGCUCUGAACACUUUAGGUCUGAAGACUUUUAUGAAACCAAAUGUGGAUUAAGGAAAAUCAAGAAUGGAGCAAUUCCAAUACUUGUACAGAAUUCUAAUGAAGAUUCAUCAGCAGUUUUGAAGGUGUGCAGAAUAUGUCUAGCUAUGGAUAGAAAGCUUUAUCACAUAAUAGAUUAUAAAUUAGAUGUGCCGUAUCAACAAAUUACUGGAUUGUUGAUGAGUGAAGAUGACAAUUUACCUCAGAAGUUGUGUUGGGAAUGUACACAUAGACUUAUGUCAUGUCAUCGUUUUAGAAACAAGGCGAUAAUGAGUCAGGGAUUGAUGACAGAUGUAUUACAAACUGAGAAACAUUUAACUAUAAAAAGUUUAAAAAUCAUAAAUAGAAAUGCAUACGGAUUAAAUAGUAGCUUAAUACAUAAAUAUUACGAACCAAAUGAUUGUGAUAUACAUUUAAAUGACGUAGAACUAAAGACUGAAGUCUCUGACGUCAUAAAUGACAUCGCAGAUGACAUAGAUGACAUCACAGAUGACGUGAUAGAUUACGACGUCAAAGUACAAGCUGUACCAUUAUUGGAGGUAGAAAUAAAACGGGAAGAUAACGAGAUAUAUAUAAAUGAGUAUAGUAAUUUUGAAAGCGAAGAUGACAAGAAGCUGAGUGAAGUGAAUAAAAAAAAACAAAAGGUGAAAAAAAAGAAAAAAGUUAAAGUGGAGAAGAAACUAGCUAAAGUUAAGAAAGAUGAAGAGAAUCCGAUGUUGACUAUGGAUAGAUAUAAAAUAACAGAUGUGAAACGACGUAAACACAGUGAUGGGUUGGAUGAAUCAUUAUUCACAAUAAAAUCUUUAACAUACGAAGAACAAAUAGAAGAAAUAAGUAAAAGACAGCAUACAACAACAUAUAUAAGCGCUCCAUAUAAAUGUGAUAUAUGUUAUAGAGGAUUUAUUAUAAAAGAUAGAUAUGAAGCUCAUAUAAUAAGGCAUACAGAGCAAAGCGGUGCAUAUGAAUGUUUUAUAUGUAAAACUCGUUUGAAAUCAGCGCGUGCUUUAAGAAAACAUCUGACAGCUCAACAUACGGAACAAUUUAGUUGCAAAGGAUGUCCUUUUGUUACUAGAAACAGAGGUGUUGCAAGAGAACAUGAAAAAUGGCACGCCGGUACUAAAUACCAGUGCCCGCAUUGUCCUUGCGAAUUUGACAAAUUGACGACAUAUAUGGGACAUAUACGGAUCAAGCAUGUAUCAGAUUUCGUUUGUGAACUAUGUGGAUACACUUUUGUUAGUCAAAAAGGAAUAGAAGUACAUAAGAAGAAGAAACAUAGACUACAUGAUAAUUCGAUGACCCUAGAGGGUCCAUACUGUGAAGUAUGUGAUGUCAAAUUUAUAUCAGAAGAAGCGCACAGCAGACAUCUCAAAUUGUCCUCGAAACAUAGCAGUGAUGAUGAUCCGAACAGGAUCCGUAAUGAUUCUCAGAGUAUGAACACUGAAGGGGGCGUGCGAUCUGUACGACGUAUAGAGCGCAGACCUCUCGUACAUGCGAGAGAUGCGGACCUUCCUCCACAACACGGACCCAUCGCUUGCGAACAGUGCGGUAUACAACUACGAGAUUUACGUCUCUACGCUCAACAUUUCCGUCGCGAACAUCCCGACAAGAACCGUACUAAAUAUCCCGCAAUGAAGACACCGGCCAUGUGCGAACAGUGCGGCAGAAUAUUCCAGAGUAUGGCAUUACUAAAAGAUCACAUGUGGGUGCAUACUGGUGUCAAAAGAUUCAAAUGCACUAGUUGUGAUAAAAGUUUCACGCAGCGCAGUAACUUAGUACUACAUCUGAGAGUGCACAGUGAGCAACGACCUUUAUACGAAUGUCCAUUAUGCGGGAAGAGGUUUGCAUUCUUUAAUAAUAGAAGAAGACAUAUGUUUAUCCACACCGGUUUGAAGCCUCACCGUUGUGAGACGUGCGGCAAAUGCUUCACAACUGCAGGCGAACAGCGUGCACAUGUACAACAUGUCCACCUCAAGAAACCUUGGCCGAGACGUGCGCGAGCACGACGCGACUGGGCUAAACCGCAGCCCUAGUAACAUCAUUCCAACGUGGCAUAUACCUACUCUAACGAGACAUGUGUCUACUCCAAUGUGGAAUGUGUCCACUCCAACGUGACAUGUGUCUACUCUAAAAAGACAUGUGUCUACUCCAACGUGAUGUGUGUCUACAUCAACGUGACAUGUGUCCACUCCAACGUGACAUGUGUCCACUCCAACGAGACAUGUGUCUACUCCAAAUGUGUCACGUGUCCAUUCCAACGUGACCUGUGUCUUCUAUCAUUAUAGAGACGCAUCGUGUGACAAUCCUAAUAUAAUAAGAAGCAAUCCGAACUCUACAUGUGACAGCUGUAACUAAAUAUAACGUUUUGGAUG